AUGCUGCCAGUUUUGCCUAAAUCGCUGAAUACACAUCACAACCAAUUAGCGGAUAUUACCACAAAUAGUCAAAACUCUCCGAGACAAAGCCCUACACAAAGUGUAAAUAAACGCAGCCCCAGCAUGAUAUUUCGCAUAGAACACUUGUUACCGAAUACCUCGGCUGCACCUACUACUUCUCCCUCCACAAUCGCCGCCAGUGACAGAACUAUGGAUCCUACGGAUUUAUCACCUCCUAAAAAAUCAAAAAUUAUAAGAGCCGGAGUGCAUGUUAGUCAGUUGACACCAAGAGAUACCAUAUCAGAAGCACUUGAUACACAAACUUUAAUCAAUGGUGCCGCAACUGCUGAAACAACAGCACGUGCUUAUUGUUCUUUAAUAAAGGAAAGCAAUACUUUAAGUAUGACACCCAGUAUAAUGAGAAAAAUAAAACUUUCCGAAGAUACCCACAGCAAUAACGCAUUAUUCGAAGUCAGUAAAGGGCAGGUGAUUUUGCGCGUUGUGCGUGACAUACAAAGAGAUGACGAAAUUGUGGCUUGGUUUGGUGAAGAAGUCACUCUUCUAAUGUCUAUACCCUUCUUAACACCUCUUAAUAUACAGGGUAAUAAUCGCUACACGUGUCACUUGUGUCAUUUAACAUUUGAAACACCGAACCCUUUAAAAAUCCAUUUGGCUUUGGGUUGUGGUCGCCAUAAUAUAGACAUUCUAUGGAUACGCUUAUUUUAUGCUCUUAAAGCUACACAUUAUACUCAACAAAUGUUACCUCUUCCGUCAUCGGCUACAUCUUCUUCAAUAUCACCCUCACAUUCGCCGCAACCUCAACCUUCCAUGUCCAGGUUUUCUGCCUUUAAACCUAUCUGCUCAUCUGCUUCAAUUCAUCACCCUCAUCUAGCCACAUCUAUGUCAUCGGUAAUGGCUUCUAACCUUGGUGUUCCACAACAUCAUACUACCUCGGCUCCUCUCUCUUUUCUACCUUCCAUCUCCUCCGCAGCCUUGCCACAUAUGAGUCUAUUACAGCCGCCCUCUUCAAAUCCUCUUAAUGCAGCUGCUCAAAUCGAAGCUAUAGUCAGUAAUAUGGGUGCCUCGAAACAAGGUCAUCUUUGCAUCUAUUGUGGCAAAGUCUAUUCCCGCAAGUAUGGUCUCAAAAUACACAUACGUACACACACCGGCUUUAAACCCUUAAAAUGCAAAUUUUGUCUAAGACCUUUUGGCGAUCCCAGUAACUUGAAUAAACAUGUACGUUUACAUUUGCAAAACAGUGCGAAUACAUCAUCGUCCGAAGGUUAUCAGUGCAAUUUGUGUCCCAAAACUUUGGGACGACGCAGGGAUCUACAAAAGCAUAUGGAAACUCGACAUGGCUAUGCGAGUACAAGUACUGAUGCAGCAGAAAAUGUUGAGACAACAAGUUCUAACUAA